GAGCUCUUCAAAUAUUCAAGUGUCAAGGUUUGCCGAAAGCUCGCGCGAAGCAAUGGUGUGCCAGGGAAGAAGGCGACAGGCCUUGUGUCUGCUGGGCCUCUGGAGCCUCUACCUCCGAACCGAGGAGCAGCCUGGGCAGACCUGCUUUGCCUUGGCCGGUGCUGUGUCUUCUCGCAGCCGGGCGAAGCAGGCGAACGAGCGAAGCCACAGUCCGUCUCGCUUUGCCUUGGCCGGUGCUGUGCGCCACGGGUGGAGAGACCCGCGCGUGGUGCAGAGACCGAGGCCGCGCAUUGUGCGACAGAUUCAAACCUAUGACGCCUUUGAGAACAUGGGGAACCCCUUCGAUGUCUAUGCGACCUUCUUCGGGCUCUCGGUCGUGAUGUUGGUUAUUCUCUUCGUCUUUCCCUUCGCCACCAACUUCGGGCGUACCGAUGACAAGGAGGAGGAAGAUGUAGAGCUCCUCUACGAGGAGGUCGACGACGAGGAGGAUGACAAGGAGGACCUCUAUGAGGAAGAAGAUGAGACACCGGACGAAAAGGUGAAAGCCGUCGAGAAGGAGGUGAAGAAACAGGCGACGACGGCGAGCCAAGUGGCCCCCUAGGCGGGUUUCCGCCCGCCCCGUUAAACGGCCCGGGAGAGACCUUUCGGCGCCGAGAGGGGGUGUGUUCUUCGGGAGGUCGGCGCCGCGUUGAACGCACCGCUGCCGGCGCCUCCGACCAGGGAAGACACCCUUUCCAUUCCUUCGGCCGGGGAAGAGCGGACCCGUUGCCUUUCGGAAGACACCGAGGAUUCGAGCGAUUCAACGAAGGAGUCGAAUCCCUCGAUGCCAAAGGGCGAAGAUGUUGGCAUCACUGGCCAUGACUUACUCCCCUAGGCUUCCAAC